GAGGCAGGAGCAGCGGUGUAUUUAUAAACAGAGAAGUAGAGGAAGGGGGCAGUUCACUGGAGAAAUCAAAACAGAAAAGUUGGGAGGAGAGAGAGAGAGAACGAGAGAGGGAGGAAAGCUUAACAGACAAACAAUGAGCGACAGACACCGGGGGAGAAGAGAAGGACAGACAGACAGAGAGAAUAAACAGGUGGACAGACUGAGUGAGUUGAGGAUUUUCAGAGCCAGUGAGCUGGAAAAGAGAAGUGAACAACCACUGUUCCCCUGAAAAGAGUGAGUGAAGAAGGUAGGGAGGAGGGCUGUGAAGACAGAAGGAGAGAGAGAGGUGAGAUGGAGGGUCUGCAAAAGGUUGAGGGACCGAAAUAUCUCAUGGACCGUGGACAGUUUUGUAACUGUAGUGAGAUUUGAGGAGACCAUAAAGCAUGUACCCGAGGUACAGAGUAGUGUAUGUUUUGGUUUGACCACAUACAGUCCUAGAAAAUGGAGAUACAAUUCUGUGAAAGAGGUGGAAUAUUUAGAACUUUGAAGUUUUAGAAGGACGGAAGAAUUGACGUAUAAGGAGGACGAGAGACAGAGAUUACAAAGCAAAAAGGAGGAAAACAUUUAAACAAUCUUUUUUUACACAUUAACACAAUCCUCCAUCUACUGUAAUAUUGCAGACACUGCAUUUGGACAGAAGGAGAGAGAGAGAGAAAGGAGAGGGAGAGAAGGGACGCACCAAAAAAGGGCUGGAGUUAGAGUCGGAGUAACUGCAUGCUUAACAGACACUGUAGAGCCACGGGGAGACAAGAGUAAGGAGGCGGACAGACAGACAGACAGACAGACAGACAGACAGACAGACAGACAGACAGACAGACAGACAGACAGACAGACAGACAGACAGACAGACAGACCCCAUCAGUCACACACGACCACACCCCCACACACACACAAACACAAAUACACACACUGUACAGAGUGAAGGACUGACAGAUGACAGGGGAGUUGCAAGGGGCACAGAGCAAAGAUAGACAGAUCGAGAGAGAGAGAGGGAGGGAGAAAGAGAGAGUGACAGAGACAGGGAGGAAGAGAGAGAGCGGGGAGGCACCGUAAACUCCAGGAAGCCCCGGUGUGAAACAAACAGGGGACAGUGGCUAGAAGAGCUCCACUCCGGAACCAGCCACCAGCCUCCAGUCUCCAUGGACUCCAGGGAGUCGCAGCACCGCUGAACCCAGGCCCUCCUCUGCUGGACAGCAUGUCGGCGGGCCCGGGACCUCGUGACUCAGACCUACUGCUGUUGGAACUCCAGGCCCCAGGGCCGGUUGGACUGCAGACACUGUUGGACCUGCUAGUGGGGGUGUACCAAGAGUUCCACUCGUCACCCCUUGCCAGGGAGAAGUACGUCUCGAGCUUCCUACAAUGGGCCUCUCUCCUCCAAUCACAGCGGAGCCCCUGGUGAGGCAGGUGAAGAAGACACGCAUCAAGAGGGAUGACUUCCACAUCUUGAAGGUGAUUGGUCGAGGGACCUUCAGUGAGGUGGCUGUGGCGAGGAUGCGUAGCACACAGCAAGUGUACGCGCUGAAGAUUAUGAAUAAGUGGGACAUGCUGAAGCGAGGAGAGACAGCUUGUUACCAGGAGGAGAGAGAGGUUCUGCUGAAGGGUGAUCGACGGUGGAUCACAGAGCUGCACUAUGCCUUCCAGGACGACAAUUACCUGUACCUGGUGAUGGACUACUACGUGGGUGGUGAUCUGUUGACCCUGCUCAGUAAGUUUGGUGACCGUAUCCCUGAGGACAUGGCCCAGUUCUACUUGGCUGAGAUGGUCAUGGCGAUCGACUCCAUCCACAGGAUGGGCUAUGUGCACAGGGACAUCAAACCUGACAACAUCAUGCUGACGGCGGAGGGCCACGUCAGGCUGGGGGACUUUGGUUCCUGUCUGAGGGUCCAGGAGGAUGGCAUGGUGCACUCUUCCCUGGCGGUGGGCACACCCGACUACCUGUCCCCAGAGAUCCUGCGUGCGGUGGAGGGAGGGGGAGGCUAUGGCCCUGAGUGUGACUGGUGGGCCCUGGGGGUCUGUGCCUACGAGAUGCUGCAGGGGACCACACCCUUCUACGCAGACUCCAUCUCUGAGACCUAUGCCAAGAUCAUGAACUUCCAGGAGCACUUUGAGAUCCCCCCGUCUGGCCCCGAGGUUUCAGAUGAGGCCCGCUCCCUCAUCAUGGGGCUGAUCUGCGAGAGGGAGGAUCGUAUGGGGGCCAGGGGUUCUGGGGACUUCAGGGCCCACCCCUUCUUCUGUGGACUAGACUGGGGCUCCCUGCAUGAACUUCCAGCACCCUUCCAACCUGAAGUCUCCAAUGCCACUGACACCUCCAACUUUGAUGUGUUGGAUGACUGCCUCAGUGAAAUGGAAACACUGAGUGAUGUUAUGGACAAGGCCCCUAUCGGAGUUCACCUGGCUUUCGUUGGCUACUCCUACACAGCUACAAGACAGACAGGUGCCUUGGAUCGCAGUCGUGACAUCAUGAUGGAGAUUGACCACCAGCGACACCGUGGGUUGCCAAGCUUCGAUUUCCAGGAUAAGCUCAGUCAGAUGUGGCAGCUCCGAGAUGUCCUGACCACGCCUGACAACCUGCCUGCCCUGCUUGAGCUCCCCCUAGCCUUGGAGCAGAGUACUGCAGAGUCGACUCACACCACAACAGAGGAGGAAGAGGAGGAGAACAACCAGAAUUCAGUACUUGAUGAGGAUCUGCACAGGCGGCUGCAAGAGGCAGAGAAGAGGAAUGGAGAGCUGGAGAAGGAGAUGGAGAGACUGAGGGGGGAGAUCCAGGGCCUGAAGUCCCCCAAGGAGACAGAACUGCGUGUCUGCCCGUCGUCUCUUUCUCUGCCUGCACACUGUCUGGACGAUGGGAAGAAAUCGCCCCCUGCCUGUCACUACCCACUGGUGAUCCCUCUCCACCGCCACCUGCUGCUGUUUCACAGGAUGCGCUGGCCACAGGAGAGAAGUGAGUCCUACUUGUUGGUGUGUGCGGAGGGGGGAGAUCUCCAAGCCUGGGACAGACACUGCUGUACUGAGAUCUCCUGAACCCUCCCGCCCCCCCUCUUGGGUUAGCUACCGCCCCCUCUUGGGAUCGAGGUGCGACCCAGAUGUGUCACCCCCUACGCUACAGCUGCUCCCUUCCCCCAAACACCCCCUCGGCUAACAGGACAGGAGCACCACAUGGCUGGAGGGAUGAAGGGUGGGGAUGAAAUGGGCUUAACGUGAAGUGGACAGAACACACUGGAGUGGCAGCAGCAUGAUGCUGCUCUGCAUCCACCAGAGUCCUAUUCCAGUACCUCUGAAGGAGAGCGUUUUGAGCCAGUAUGGUGGACUGCUGUUAAAGCGAAUGCUAUACUCAUUGCACUUGUCCCAUAUAUAGAAUUAAGAGUGAGCAGAGUGCUGAGCAUGAAUGGGGUAACGGGGAACAUGGAGCAGUGGGAUAACCAUAGGAAAGCUAAGGACUGUCACUAGCUUCAAAUUAAUGGGGAGGUAUAGAAAAUGUAAAUGAAGGACAUCUCCUCCUGGACUUCUAAUGGAUGCCUGUUGCUUUCUGAGUGUCGCUAUGUGGGCACUUAUAUCUCUGAGCGGACUGAGGUAAAAGCAAGCUCUGAAAACAAGAAGGCACCACAGCAAAGAGACAUUGCUGGUUUAAGUGACAGCCAGAGGGGACAAUCAGUCCACUCCAUACACUCUCCAGCCCACCUGGACAUUAUUGGUGCAUUUUGCCCAAUAUUAAUGGCGUACAAAUGUUCAGUCAUGAAUUUUUAACAGCAUCAUCUAGUGGUUUACUUUGUAUCUAUACAUCUAAGAGUGGAUUGUGUUGAAUGUGAGAGGUAUUCGUUGCACUACAGGCUUUGAUGAAAGCAUGCUUUUAGAUGGGCCUGUUUGGAAUACAUAGAUAACAUCUACAGAACAAUACCAAGCAAAUGUUGACUGAAGGCUAAGGACAGAGAGAUCGGAGGUUGGUGUAUUUUACGAUUUCUGGGAUUGUAAGGUUACACUUUAAGGUUACACUUAGCUCAGGUCCAGGGCUUGCUGAUGCUGAGCUUUCCUACAUCAAGGCUGUGUAGGUUGUAGGAAGGCUCUGUGUCAGCAAGCCGCACGUAAAGCCUUGAACCAGUGCUAGGAUAGAUGAUGUACAGUUGAAGUCGAAAGUUUACAUACACCUUAGCCAAAUAUAUUUAAACACAGUUUUUCACAAUUCCUGACAUUUAAUCCUAGUAAAAGUUCCCUGUUUUAGGUCAGUUAGGAUCACCACUUUAUUUUAAGAAUGUGAAAUGUCAGAAUAAUAGUAGAGAGAAUGAUUUAUUUCAGCUUUUAUUUCUUUCAUCACAAUUCCCAGUGGGUCAGAAG